AUGACAUUUGGAAUUCCUGAAUUUGCCAAAUUUCCACCAUUUUAUACAAUACAACUGGUAGACAAAACAAAAAAUCAGCAACUUCAACUUUGGUCACAACUUAUAUUAAAAUAUUGUGAAUGUAUUAAAAAACCAAUAAUGAAACAGUCAGAGUUCAACAAACUACCAAUUUUUCAUAAUGAAGAACUUCAUCGAACAUUAAGUGAAAAUGGAAUUGAAUUAGUUAAAGAAUUUAUGGUGAAUAAUAACAAAAUUAUAGACCUAAACAAAUCUAGUAAAUUAAUACUUCUUUAUAAACCACUUAGAGAAUGGGGAAAAGAGUUAUAUGAAUAUGGAAAUUCUAAAGGAUUAAUUGGACAAUCAGAUACAUUUUUUUCAAUUGAAAAUGAUAAAGAAUCUGUUUUUUAUCAAAUGGAUGAUGAAUUACUAAUAGAAGGAUUAAAUUCAAUUAAAGAACAAGGGAAAAUGAAAUUGGUUCAGCAUGAAGGAGAAUAUGGAAUUUUUUGGUUGAAAUAA